AUGUAAAAAAAUUUAGAAUAAUAGUAUUUAGACGCUCUAGAAAAGAAUUUACUAAUAGAGGAAAACAAAGAAAAAUUAGCAAAAUAAUAAUUUAUUAAUGCUGCAAAUAAAAUUAAGUUAAGCUACAAAACAUAUAAAUAACGAUUAAAGCUUUCAAAAUAAAUUAAAUGCAUUACUAAAAUUUAAACUUUUUAUAGAAGAUGGAAGGCAAAGAAGAAAAAAAUUUUACUAUAUCAAAAAUUGAAAUAAAUCCAAAUUAUUCGAAAAUAUUUUCUUAGAUUAAAAUAAACAAAAAGAAAAAUCUUAUUGACAUUAUCUGUUCAACAAAAAUAGCUUCUUAAACCAAUUGUAAAAUUAAUUCUUAAUUUUUCUAAUAUUAAAGCUGCUAGAAGAAGAUUUUUUAUUCUUUCACUUAUUAAAUACAAGAAAAUAUAAAAUUAGAAAAUUAAAUUCAAUUCUGUACUUUCCUAAUAUAAAUUAAGCUAUUAUAAAUAAUAAAUAGAUUAUCAACAUAAAAAGAUAGCGAUAUUAAAUGAAAUAGAAUUUAUAAGUAAUAUACAAUAAUUAAAUAAUAAAUAUUUUGAAACAGGACUUCAAAAUUAUUAAAGAGAAUUGGAGUAAUUUAUAAAAUCAAAAAGUCAUGAAUCGGAUUUUAUUGAGUUGAAGGAUCAGAAAGGAAAUUUAUAUUGGCAAAAUCUCAAGACUUUGAAAAAAUAUACUGUUAACCCUAUUGAUCAAUUAAUUUAAAAUAAUUUUACAAAAGUAGAAGAUGAGUACGUUAUUUAGUAUAAAGAGCAAGUUCUUUAUUUAGAGGAAGGAAAAGAUUAGUUGAUUAAUCUUCUUUAACAAAUUAAACCUGAAAAAAUACCCUUUCCAAAAUUACAGGAAUAGUAAAAUUCAAGGCAUUCUUGA